CCCUCAAACAUCGCACAGACUCUGCGCUCCCAGACAGCUCUCUCUUUUCAUCAGUCUGCCAUCCACCUGUCUUUCCUUUCUCUCUACGCUCUUUUUAAAUUCAUCACCCUAUUUUUGCUCGGGGACUCUUCUGUGUGCAUGAGAGAGUGUGUGUGUGUCUUUGUGAUUAAGAGUGUGUGAGUUCGCUACUGUGUGUGUGUGUGUGUGUGUGUACACGUCUGGAGUGAUGGCGCUGGGAAUGCCGUACUCGGACGCGAAGAGUUCCCUGAAUGGGAGCGCGGACUUCGAGCACAGCUGGAAUGCGGAGGCCCCUACGCCGCCCCCCAUGCAGAGCUACCUCAUUCUGACCAUCUUCACCUGCUUCUGUCCGGCCUACCCGGUCAACAUCGUCGCCCUGGUCUUCUCCCUCAUGUCGAGGAAAAGCUAUGAACUGGGUGACUACGAGGGCUCAAAGCGGCUUGGCAAGCAAGCGUUACACGUAGCCAUUGCCUCUUUGAUCAUUGGCAUCAUCAUCAUCAUCAUCUUCUUUGUCGUCCAAUUCGCCCUGAUUGAACUCUGAAGGAAGACAAUUCUUGAGGGUGGAGGCAUCGUUUCCUAACCUGUGCAUCUGUGGGUGAAUAUACAUGGAUAGGAAUGCUAUCUUUACAGACUGAAAAGAAAAGGGGUUUGGGGAACAUCACUGGAAUGUAAUCCCUAUAGUGGUAAGAAGGUCUUCCAGCCCAACUUUGGUUUCCAGGGAUGGUUUCACUGUCCUCGACCUUGCAGGAGCUCUCUUGGGCUGUGGAUCUGACCAUCAAUGGCUGACACAGGAAUAUAUUCAAUCAAUGAAGAGGUCAGGAAGAAAACAGUUCUGUCAUUCAAAUGACAUCAAAUGGGUCAUUCUAUGAAACGGGUGCCAUUUGUUUCCACGACAUUUGAUAAGAUGCAUUAGGCACAAACUAGACCCAAAGUGUGUUUCUAAAGCCUAAAGCUAAUAAUUCAAGGGUUCUUGUUAACAUGAUGUACAAUAAAAUACAAUUCUUAAAGAGUGUCACACUAUUUUUAACCAUUUUACACAAGUGCAUGGCAAUUUCCAUGUGUCUGGGUUGACCAACAUGCCAUUUACAUCUAAAAUAUCUCCACGUAAAUGUUUAAACUUAUAUUCUGAAUUAAAUCUAUUUUCCUGAUGACAUUAGACAUAUUUAUUCAGAAUAAUAUGGUUAUUUAUGAAUAUAUAUAUAUAUAUAUAUAUAUAUAUGGUAAAUAUUUUAUUAGAUUUCCCUUUGCAUCUGCAAAGCAUCCCUUUGUUUGACUUACCAACCCGUCACAUUAACUUGUUGUGUCUGUAAAUAGCAUACUGUUACUUGAAAUGAAAUCACAAAGACAAUUUUGAAUAAUGUUUGCCUGUAGAGCACCCAAGAAACUAAGCAGACAAUUCUGAUAUUCUUUUACAUUGUUUAUUUGUUGUUGUUUUUUCAUUACUAUGAGGGGGUCUGUCAAGUCCAACCACCCCGUCAUGCAAAUUAGACAGGAAUAACUGUUUUUCAUUACAGUUUUAAAACUAUCAUUGCUAAGCAAAUGACAUUUCUAAUUGAAGUCAUGUAUGUUAAGUCAAUAACUUGACCGUUAUUGGAUAACUAGAGCCAUUUUAUCAUGAAAUGUACCACCCGUCACAUACCACCCCGUCAUAUUUAUUAUAUUUUAAUCCAUUCAAUGUGAAUAAAAUGUAUGUGCCUGAGGUGCAUGGGCAAAUAUGAUUUUUUUUGGAAGGUGAUCAUGUCUUUAAUGCUGUGGAUAAAUUGAAAAGAAGGUUACUUUUGAUGCAAAUUUUGAACAUUUUAUAGUGGAAAUAAAUGCAGUGCAAACUCUGCACAUAUCUAGUUCUACAACUGUACAUUUUCAAUUUUAUUUUAUUUUAGUGAUUUCAUUUCAUUAUAAUCUUUUGUUGUACAUUAGCAUGAUUUACCAUAAUUUGUUAUUUUAGCUGAAAAAAUUCAGGUGAUUUUGAGGGAAAAUAUUUUUCUUAAACAUUGUUUUAAGGUUUAAAGGUUUUCACUGGUUUACAUGAGCAGUCUUAAAAUAAAUAUAUACAAGGAUACAAGGAAGUUUAUUGUCACAUGCAUAUAGUUACUGGAAGUAAAAAAUGCAGUGAAAUUA